AUGCAACGUCCACGACCGAUUCAUGAGCUUGGAGUAUAUUUCAACAUCCCUGACUCGUUCCGCUUCCAGUUUCCUGUGUACAUCGAACCACAGAAUCCAUGCCUCCCGUCGCCACAAACGUCGUUCAGCUCCGACUCAUUCCGCGAGGCAGUCGACCUCACCACUUCGUCGACUGGACCGCCUCUUCCUUCUCUUCCACCGCCACCUCCAGCGUUGGCGUCGAUCGCCCAUCCUAGUCACCUGGUUGGCACUCCGUUCCAGUUCAAACUUCCGACUGCCUUCUCCCUGCAAUCGAUCGUUUCUGGGGUUCCAGGACCAGGUGUUGACACCUCGACCGUCAGCGAUGGAUUUUCAGGAGUAAAACGUCCACUGACCCUGACGGUGGAAUCCGGCAUGUCCACGCCUUUUCCUCUCGACAAUCGAUUCUGGCGUUCAUGUGCCUACCCCAUCGAUAAUAGCGGCUUGGUUGGACCCCAACUCUCCCCUCUGAAACGAUCCUUCCGUCCAGUGAAGCGUCAACGACGCGACGCGUUCAGUCCCAUCGCUUCGCCAACAUUCAUCUUUCCACCGCCUCCGCCACCUCCACCGCCACCACCACCACCUCCACCGCCAUUAGUUACCCUACCUCAUUCGGCGUCCAGCUCGCUUGAUCUAGCACACCAUCUCCUGAAUGCUGUCUACUUUGACACCGCAUCAACAAGUCUACGGCCUGGUAGAAUCGGCGUGGAAAACUUCCGAUGUCGGCUGUGCUCCAAACAAUUCAGCACUCAGCAUGGACUAGUGGUCCACAUGCGAAGGUGCCACAAGGACAAAGGUGCAUUGGAACACGAUGCUCGUGUCAGACGCCAUCUACCGAAAGAUGAUCCCGAUUGCACUUCCAGAUGUGGAGAUGGUGGUGGUGGUGGAGGCUCCAUCGAGCGCUCCUUCCACUGUUCCCACUGUGGCAAAGCCUUCAAGAGGUCCUCCACACUGAGCACGCAUCUCCUUAUCCACAGCGGAACGCGACCCUAUCCAUGUGAGUACUGUGGCAAACGCUUCCACCAAAAAUCCGAUAUGAAGAAGCACACCUACAUUCACACCGGGGAAAAGCCCUACCACUGUGGACUGUGUGGCAAGACCUUCAGCCAGUCGUCAAACCUGAUCACACACUCUCGCAAGCACACCGGCUUCAAGCCUUUCACGUGCACCUUCUGUCCCCGCGCCUUCCAACGCAAAGUCGACCUGCGUCGACACCUCGACACACAGCACACCGGCGUGCCUCUGCUAGACGACUGUUCCGCCAACACGGCCACGCCGAAACCCCUUGCCUCGGUGCCGUUGGAGUCGAGCACCGAGUCCACGUCGCCGACAGACUUCGGCGCCAUCUCGCGCAACCCUGGAGCGGUUCUCGACAAGGAGUCGUCGUCGUCGUCACCCCAACCACGGACCAAACCGCACUUCGCGUAUUCCAUCGAGCACAUUCUCUCGUGCUAG